ACCAGAUACUUAGUUUAUCUUGGACACUUGAACGCUAAGCAUGUCCAGAGGAUCACUAAGCAAUUUCUUAUAUUUCUCCCUAUUUUCUUAAAAAUUUUCUCAAAACGCAUCCUCCACCGUGUGUAUAUGUUAACUGAGUCGUUGAUGUGACCUAUCGUCGUUAGCGUUUUAGUUAUUUUUUUAUCUCUGGUACGGUACGAUUGAGCUCGAAACGUAUCUGUCUUGAAGUAUAUUUUUGGAACGUCUUUGGGUUAACACGAAUUAAGACCAGGGCCACGUUACUUUCAUUUUCAUCGAAGUCGGAGUUAUUUUCGAACAAUUUCCGUGCAGUUUUAAUUUGACGCGAUUAUAAGAAGUAUGCGCGGAUAAUAUCGUUGAUUUUGUGUAAAAAUAUAUUUUUCCUUUCGAAUUUAUUCGUGUGAUUGAGUAACGAAUCGGUUAUCGGAAAAAUCUAAGACUAUUGAAAAGUUGUUGUACGCAAAAUUUCUGUAUCAAAAGUAGAUUCGACAUCUGCUUUUGCUGAGAACAACAAAGGACUACGACACGAAAUUUCGAACACAAUGUUAAUAACGAGCAGUGAUACAAACAAUGCAAAUGCAGACGAUGGAGGGACAUCUUGGUUUCGAAAUCAACAACAUGCCGUCUCUGUACGGCAUGCGUUUAAAUCUUAUGGGAGAAAAAAUAACAUAAACCAAGUUUUGAACAAUCUAAAUAUGACUGUUGCAAAAGGAACUAUAUAUGGUUUGCUUGGUGCUUCUGGAUGUGGAAAAACGACACUUCUUUCUUGUAUUGUUGGGCGCAGACGAUUGAAUGCCGGCGAAAUCUGGGUGCUUGGAGGAAAGCCGGGAACAAAAGGUUCAGGCGUUCCUGGAAAACGUGUUGGUUACAUGCCACAAGAAAUCGCUUUAUUCGGCGAAUUCACAAUUAAAGAGACUGUGAUGUAUUUUGGUUGGAUAUUCGGAAUGAAAACAUCAGAAAUUAUGGAACGAUUGCAGUUUUUACUGAAUUUCUUAGAUUUACCAUCGCAGAAUAGAUUAGUUAAAAAUUUGAGUGGAGGACAGCAGCGUCGAGUAUCAUUUGCUGUUGCCCUAAUGCACGAUCCUGAGCUUCUGAUCUUGGACGAACCGACCGUUGGUGUUGAUCCGCUCUUACGACAGAGUAUUUGGAAUCAUCUUGUACACAUUACGAAAGCCGGACAAAAGACUGUUAUAAUAACGACACACUACAUAGAAGAGGCGCGGCAAGCACACACUAUUGGUUUAAUGCGAACUGGUCGUCUACUCGCUGAAGAAUCACCAGCUGUCCUACUAUCUAUGUACCGGUGCCAAUCUUUAGAAGAAGUAUUCUUAAAACUCUCACGAAAGCAAGGUCAAUCAAGGGAAUCCAAUGAACUCAAUUUCAAAAAUAAUAUUUCACUUAAUUCAAUAGCAUUCGGAAAUAAAAAAGAUGUCCCGGUCUACGUUAGUCAAGAGAGUGGCGUAGUAGGACUGAACUUUCACCAAAGUAAAGAAAUUUUAAUAAAUGAGGCAAAUGGAUCAGCACUAACGCUGGACACAGAUUUACCAAAUGGAGGCGUGCGGGCUCACACGACGGGAUGCACUGAGGACCUCGGGGAUUGCAGUAAUUUCUGUAAUCUCACAACAAAAGGGAAAAUGCGAGCCUUACUGCAGAAGAACUUCUUAAGGAUGUGGCGGAAUGUUGGUGUCAUGCUUUUCAUUUUUGCUCUGCCUGUUAUGCAAGUAAUUUUGUUCUGUUUGGCAAUCGGUCGCGACCCAUCAGGAUUGAAUAUGUCCAUCGUUAAUAAGGAAAUGAACGGAACGGAAUGUAACUGGAAACCAGGAUGCCAUUUUGAGAAUCUGUCUUGUCGAUACGUAAAUUAUUUGAACAAGAGCUUAGUGAAAAAUUACUAUGACGACGUAGGCGAAGCGGUGAGAUCGGUUGAGCUGGGCGAAUCCUGGGGAGCCAUGUAUAUAACCGAAAAUUUCACGGAUGCAUUUGUGGCGAGAAUAGCCUUAGGUCGAGAUGCGGACAACGAAACUUUGGACCAAUCCGAAAUCGGUGUAUGGCUCGAUAUGUCGAAUCAGCAAAUCGGUAUCAUGUUGACGCGGGAUUUGCAGUUAGCCUACAGAGAUUUUGCUAAGGACCUUCUCAACGAAUGCGGAUACAAUUCAAAAUUGGGAGACGUACCUAUCCAAUUCAAGGAACCAAUCUACGGCACAGAUACCCCUUCGUUCACGGACUUUGUCGCUCCAGGUGUAAUUUUAACGAUCGUCUUUUUCUUGGCCGUGGCACUCACAUCAUCUGUCUUGAUUAUCGAACGAACAGAGGGUCUUCUUGAUCGUUCCUGGGUCGCGGGUGUUUCACCCGGUGAAAUCCUUUUCUCCCACGUGGUGACGCAAUUCAUUGUUAUGUGUGGUCAAACAGCAUUGGUUCUAAUUUUCAUGCUUCUCGUGUUUGGUGUAACGAACAACGGUAGUCUAGUGUUGGUUGUUAUCCUGACACUCCUCCAAGGAAUGUGUGGCAUGUGCUUUGGUUUCGUCAUCUCAGCAGUCUGCGAACUGGAGCGUAAUGCCAUCCAAUUAGCUCUUGGUUCAUUCUACCCGACUUUGUUGCUUUCUGGAGUUAUCUGGCCAAUAGAAGGCAUGCCCAUCGUUUUGAGAUACAUCUCCCUCGUCUUACCACUGACACUCGCCACCUCAUCCCUGCGGUGCAUUUUAGCCCGAGGCUGGGACUUACUAAUGAGCGAUGUCUACUUAGGCUUCAUCGCAACAAUAGCAUGGAUCCUCCUGUUUUUGGUGAUAACAAUGAUUGUGCUGCGAGUCAAACGAGGAUGAAUUUUAGGGGCUUUAAAUUUUAGCAAUAGAUAUUUAAAUCAGAAAUUGUGUACAUUCAUUGUUCAGUGUCUGCAAUGCAUUCACUGAUACCUUUCCAAACUUUUACUAGUGCGAAUGUCAGAAAAUAACAUUAGGUUUCAUAAAUGGCUUCUAGGUACUCUGGGAGGUUCACAAAUAGUUUAGAUGACUAGUGAUGAGUUAAAAAAAUUACUCAGCAUUUUCUUAAUGCUAUGAAAAAUAGAAAAUAUUUAUUUAGUCAUUUUUUAUUAAUCAUUUUAGUGAGUAGUUUGGGUUAGACGAAUGAUAAAAAAUAGUAGGAAGUGUACGAUGCCGAAAUGUAAAUAGUUCUUUAUCUUUUGAAAUUUUCAACGAACAGUUAAUUUUUCUCUAAAAUUAAAACUGAAAUUUCACUGAAAGCUGCCUAUCUUCCGGUACUCAUUGCCUUCUCCAUUUUAUCUGUUUCAUGUGUGUGGACUGUGAUGAAUUUCUAAUUAUAAUUUUACUCUGCUCCGUCCUUACUUUAUGCGCUAUCUGGUCCUUUCUCCUCCAUUAUCUCCGUACGUAUAACGACAAUGGGAACUAGGUCUAUAAGAUUAGGUACCGAAAUUUAUUUUUUCUGUUAAAGGGUAAACUUAGGAAAUCGAAUUGCAUUAUAGUUAGGCAUUAGCUUACUUCAUAAUGUAGAAUUUUGUGCAAGGAUUCACCUUGCACCACGACAAUUAGGGGACAGCUACAAUAAGCCAAAACGCUAACGAUAAAUCGAUUGUUCAACUUCCCGUUUUAUAAUGAUAAUGUUUCGUAAAUGUAAAUAUUUUUUUGAAAUAAAGUGGAAGAAAACAAUGUUUCUAAAAAUUUA